AAGGAGCUGAUUGGUCACCAUGAAUUUCUUUGCCCUGUUUUUUGCAGCCGGGCUGCUGGGAGCUGCUUCCUCCAUUGAGAAAGGACACAUCGUUGGUGGCUAUGAGUGCACAAAACACUCAGUGCCUUGGCAGGUCCGCUUGCCCCGUUGUGGAGGGUCAUUGAUCAACGAGUGGUGGGUCGUAACUGCAGCUCACUGCCCUGUUAGGGCUGGAACACUUGUCCAUCUGGGUAAGCACGACUUAUCAAAGAACGAAAAGAAUGAGCAGCAACGGAAAGUGGCCAAGGUCUUCCAACACCAUUACAAUAAGACAACCAGCGUCAAUGACAUCAUGUUGCUCAAACUGGCUCAGAAAGCUCAAAUUAACAAGUAUGUCCGUCCGAUCAAGCUACCUAUGAGCUGCCCUGCUCCUUGGACCAAGUGUCUGAUUUCCGGAUGGGGAAGGACCAAUCCCAAUGUAGCUAAACCUUCGAAAACGCUGCAGUGCCUGAACGUGACCAUCUUCUCCAGUGGAAAAUGCAAAAAAUCAUACCCGAACAGUACGGACAACAUGAUGUGUGCUGGCUACAUCGGGAGAGGAAGAAAGAGCACCUGUAAGGGAGACUCAGGAGGCGCCUUGGUGUGCAACGGCUUGCUGCAGGGGAUUGACUCCCGGGGCAAAAAUUGUUCUCUGUAUGGCGAUCCCACGCUCUACACCAAAGUGUGCAAAUACAAAAUUACAUCUGUGAUUCCUUUUGCAGAGAACUCUCUGUAA